AUGCUUGUAUUUGCAUUCAUGGACCUUGAGUUUUUUACCAGUCAGCUGCGGAUUGUUGGGGAAAUGUCAGCAGAUCAGAGAAAGGUUCUUCUCUUCUUUUGGACCUCAGUGAAGUAUCUACCUGUUGAGGGUUUCCGUGGUUUGGCCUCAAGACUUUACAUUUACAAGUCCACGGAGCCCGAGGAUCACCUUCCUUCAUCCCAUACAUGCUUUUACAGAUUGUGUUUCCCACCCUAUCCCUCCAUGGCUAUCAUGCAAGAUCGCCUCCGUGUCAUCACCCAAGAACAUGAAGCACAAACCCACCAAUUAGACACCAUUUUUGGCCCAACUCUUAGUGUUUCCUGCAUGAAUGGGAUCGGAUCCCACCUGGCCUAG